GGUGCUUCUCUCUGGAAAUAUCUCCGCGUACUACAUUCAACAAUUCAAGUUACACCUUCCAUUCAAACCCAAAAAAAUCCAAUUCCAGCCCAAACCAAGAAAAAUUAUAUAAAACAAAGGAACAACCCACAUUCCCAACGCUAAUAAUAAUCUCCAACAAAAAAAAAAAGAAGAAGAAAGAAACAUGCAUCGAAAGGAAGCUGUUCCAACCAUGGAGCUGAAACUAAUCUCUUGCAACGAUCUAAAGGCAUUCAACUUCUUCCAGAAACUCACCCUAUACGCCGUCGUUUGGAUCGAGAGCGACGACCCCAACAGGACCCUCAAAGAAAGCCAGAGUCAACAGCAGCGGACUAGAACCGACAGAGAAGCCGAUGGCGACGGAGCUAACCCGGAGUGGCACCACGACGCCAUCUUCGACCUGGCGUGGAUUACGCCCUCGCUUCUAGAAGGUUCCGAGGGCCUCUUCUUCCGCUUCGAGUUCCGCCACGACGGUACUCUCCUCGGCGACAAGCUUAUCGGUGAAUGCCGCGUCCCCGUGGCUGAUCUCGUCCGCGACGCCGCCAAAUCUGACGCGGCGAGCUCUGUUAGCUACCAGGUUCGGUCCGGCGAGGGAAAACCUAACGGGAUCUUCAAUUUUUCGUAUCGAUUGAAAGGGACUGGGGAUAGGUAUGAGUCGUCACAGAUUUUGGAUGGGAGAAUUUCUGGUUACCCUGUGUUGGAUCCACAGGAUUUUAAUCCCAACCAUUCGUUGGUGCAGUAUCCUCCGAUGACGACAACGACGACGGCGAUUGGGAGCGCGUGUUGCUAUCCGACGGUGGGUUCGGGAGGGGCCUAUUCUCCGUCUGCGGCGGUGGUACGGGGGGUGCGCUUGUAA